CUACAGCCCCGGAGGGUGAGCGUUAUGGCGGCUUCUUUCCCGCUCCCAGUGACCCAGGACCUGUUCGCGCUUCGUGCCAAGUUGCAGGAGCUGCUGCAGUUCCUGAGGAAAGCCCUGUCCAUUUCCAAUGCACAUACGGUGGACUUCUACACGGAGUCCGUGUGGGAGCAACUGGUCGACUUGCCCCCGGAGACCGUGCUGGGGGUACUGAGGAAGUCAGUGGCAGAGGCUGAGGCCCGACCCUUGGAGGCGCGCCUCCUGGCGGAAGCCGAGAGGCAAUCAGGUAUUACUAAUUUUCCCAAAAUAUUUUGUGAAACUUCCCAGAAGCUGGUGAGUGUGGAAGCCUUUGCUCUGGCUGUGAGAUAUUAUUCUGUACAGAACUUGGGAAUAUGUACUCCUUUUGAGCAGUUAUGUACAGCCCUUCAAGGAAGUAAAAAACAGAGAACUGGUGAAAACGUGAAACCAGAUGAAUUUAUGAAUUUGAAAAAAUCUCAUGAAGUUCAGGCCAUGUCAGAGCUGAUCAGCAGUAUUGCUGAUUACUAUGGGAUAAAGCAGGUAAUUGACCUGGGUUCUGGAAAAGGCUACCUAAGCUCUUUUUUGUCCUUGAAGUAUGGCUUAAAAGUUUAUGGAAUUGAUUCAUCAAAUACCAAUACUCAUGGAGCUGAGGAGAGAAACAGGAAAUUGAAGAAACAUUGGAAAGUCUACCAUACUCGGUCAAAAUUAGAUGCCAAUGGACUGGCAUUAAAAAUGACAAAAGAAAGGAAAGUGCAAGAUGAAAUUAAGUAUAAAGUAGAUAUUGAAGGAAUAUGUAACAGCAGUCCUGCGAAUCAAGAAAAGAUGUCUACCUCAGAUUUUUUGCCAGAUUUUUCAAAUUCUGUGAUUUCUAACAUUAGAACACAAAUGGAAAACCUACAUGUAUAUUCACAUCAAGAAGAAAACUUGUGUUUUGAAAAUGCCUUUUCUGUUAUAGACCUUUUGCCUACUAAUGCCAUAGAACCUGCUUUAUUCCAGACACCUAAGACAAAAAUGUCUGAAACAAAUAAAGAGAGAAGAAAACAUAUAUCAAAGUCAAGUGAAUUAAAUAUAUAUUCACCUUUAACAUCUGUUAUCACUGCUGAUUCACAACUACAGGAUAUUAUUAAAGAUCUGGAGGAUUGUUUGAUGGUAGGUCUGCAUACUUGUGGUGAUCUUGCUCCAAACACUCUUCGAAUAUUUACUGCCAAAUCUGAAAUCAAGGGAGUUUGCAGUGUGGGCUGUUGCUACCACCUCUUAUCUGAAGAGUUUGAAAACCCACAUAAAGAAAGUACCCAAGAAAAGUGGGGAUUUCCAAUGUGCCAGUAUUUAAAGGAAGAGAGAUGGUGCUGUGGUCGUAAUGCCAGAAUGUCAGCAUGUUUGGCAUUGGAACGAGUUGCAGUUGGCCAAGGGCUGCCUACUGAAUCUCUCUUCUUUCGAGCCGUCCUUCAGGAUAUUAUUAAAGAAUGCUAUGGCAUCACCAAAUGUGAUCGGCAUGUUGGUAAAAUUUAUUCCAAAUCCUCUUCCUUUCCGGACUAUGUGAGAAAGUCUCUAAAGAAGCUUGGAUUAGAUGAGUCCAAGCUGCCAGAAAAAGUUAUAAUGGACUACUACGAGAAGUAUAAGCCUAGAAUGAAUGAGCUGGAAGCUUUUAAUAUGUUGAAAGUUGUUCUGGCUCCUUGUAUAGAGGCAUUGAUUCUUCUAGAUCGACUUUGCUACCUAAAAGAACAGGAAGAUAUUGCAUGGGUUGCACUUGUGAAGUUGUUUGAUCCUGUGAAAUCUCCCAGAUGUUAUGCUAUUAUUGCCCUGAAGAAGCAGCAAUGAUUUCAGUUGAAGCAAGUUUCCUCUUGAGAAAAGCAAGAUAUUGGUGGAUGCAUAAUCCUCUAGACCUCAAGCAGUUGAUGAUUUCUUGGCUGUCCUGCCUCUAAAUGGGUAGGUAUCAUAGUCUGCCAAUCAGAACUCUUUUUGCAAAUGGCUAGAAUAAUAUUUGGGGUGUUUUCUUAGAAACCUAAAGAAUGUUUCAGUACUAAAGUGAAAGAAAAUAUGUGUGCAACUAAAACAAUAUGUAAAGUAAUUUUGAGUUUUCUGUCUGAAAUAAUAAUAGAUAAUUCUUUUGUUUUUUUGUACUAGAAAAUUAAAGCUGAGACUUCAAGUCAUUUUUCCCAAAAUUACCUAGCUAAAACUUGGAGAUACUAAAAUAUAAAGUAAAUUGACAAUUGUGAUUACUAUUCACUCAGUGGCAUACUUGAAACAAAGACAAGGUCAUUGUCAACAUCCUCUCUCCUAACAUGUAGCUGACUCCUACUUCUUUAGCAGUGACCACCCUCAGCCCACUUUAGUGUUCCUGGUUUUCUUUAAAAACAAAGGGGCAUCUGGGGAGUGCGGUCAGUUAAGCAUCCAAUUCUUGAUUUCGUCUCAGGUCAUGAUCUCAGGGUCCUGAGAAAAAGCCCCAUGGCAGACUGUGCACUCAGCAUGGAGUCUGCUUGACAUUCUCCCUCCCUCCCCUCUACCUCUACCUCUACCUCUACCUCUCCACCUGC